GUCUUUGCCUCAAGUCUCUCAAGUCCUAGGCAACGGGAACACAGUAAGUUCAGAACUUUGACACUUUACCUUUUGACUUCCUUUCUCUGUGUGUGUGUGUGUGUGUGUGUGUGUGUAUACAUAUAUAUGCAGAAUAUGAUGGUUUUAGAUAUGUAAAAUGAUCAAACUGAUAUUUAACCAAGACUUCAACAGGGGUUAGAGGAUUAAUUAAAGUCUUACAGUUAAAACCUGAAAAACAGUUAUCCCUCUUAUUUCCAAAGUCCCUUUCCUCAUGGUGGUCGCAUCUACAAUCCCAGCACUCAGAAGGCUGAGGAAAGUGUGAGUUUCAGGACAGCCAGGGCUAUGUGUUUCUGAGGUAAUAUGUGCAUAUUGUGUCUAAGUGUUAGAAAUUCAGAGACUUAAUCUUGGUGACUUGAGACUGGUCAUAAAGGAAGAACUAACACCUGGGAAGUAGCAAACACAACAGAUAAAGGCUUGGCUGUGCCUUCUUGUCUGAAUGUAAGAAUGGGAUUGAGAAAGGCUUCCUGUAGGAACUAAGAACUUCCUGUAGGAACUGGGCGUGCCACAUCUUUGACUUUUACUUGGCUGUUUAUUUUUGAGACCCUGUUUCAACACCACCACCAAAAAUUUGAUAAUAGAAGGGAAUAUCAAAAUCAAAUAACUUUCAUUAGACAAUAUUAAUGUCUAAUUCCGAGUUCCUAAAUGUUAAAUUUAUGGCCCACAAGUUUCCUCAUUCACACUACAAAUGGUGUCCAGAGACACAACUGACUGGCUGUCUGUGAUAUACUGACUGGUCAGACUCCUGGAAAAAGAAAUCUCAUCAUUAUAUUUUAUAUAUUACAUACUAUAUCAAAUUGUAUUUUUUCUUACCUCUUCUGUUACUCAAGUUUUCUUACAAAGAUAGGACAGAGAGACUACAGGAAUGUAAACCUAAAAACCCAGACAAAAACCUCCCAAUUUCCUAUCAUGUGUACUGCCACAGAUGACUCAGCUCUUCAACGAGAAAAUGUAUUGUUUAAGAGCACUGUAGACAGGUGUGGUGGUAGGGAUGUGGAAGCAGGAGGACCAGUUAAAGUAAUCCUCAGUUUCACAAGAGUCAGCCUGGGAAAGCCAAGACUCUGUACACACACAGACAGACACACAGACACACAGAGCACUAAAUGGUGGCUGUCACAACAUGACUUUUGUAUGCCCAUCGUGCAGUAACUUGUUUUAAGUAUUAAUAGUAGUACUAAGAAUUGAGUCAGGUAUGGUGGCACAUGCUUGUACUAUCAGCAAUCCAGAGGCAGUCUGGGAGGAUCCUUGUAUGUUUGAGGCCAGCAAGCACUACAUAGAGACCUUGUCUCAAAAACAAAACAAGCACAUAACAAAAACCCUAACCAGGGCUGAGGACAGAGCUUAAUGGUUGAGGACUUGACAUGGUUUUAAUCCUCAGCAUCCCCACUUAACAAAACCUAAACAACAUAUUGUAUAUAAUAAUAAAACAGCAUUUCAUUAAAAGAUUUCGCACCUAAUUUCAUUUAUUUCUGCACUUGUAUAGAAAAGAAUUAAGAACUGUAUAGUGAAUUUUAUUUUUACUUUAUAUACCUGGAGGUGCUACAAAUUCAUCGUAUUCCCAAAAUACUGAGUGAUUUGGAGGGUCAGUGAAGAUAGUGUCUGCUGGGAAUUGGCAGUCUCACAUGUGGUCCUGCCAUUGAUGUCAGGUGUAAAAGUGAAGAAAAGGGAAUCAUCUUCCAUAAGUCGUGGUGAAAAUAUCAGAAAUGGUUACCACAACAUCCAAAAUAGAGAAAUAGUUUGCGGGAUGACAGCCGGCAAAAGCAGGUUGUAUUUGAUCUAAGAGUCAAGACAAUGGAGUGGUUUAUAAGAGACACGAAGUAGCGGGGUGGCAAACUGCAGUAAGCACCAGAGAAAAGGGGAAGGCCUUACUGAAAUUAAUCUUGUUACUGGUCUGAACUCAAUUUGGCUAAUAGUUUUAGUAUUUUUUUUUUUAAAGCAUUAGCCUAUUUCAGCGGAAUAUAUGCUUUUUCUUUGUAUUAUAUCAGAAUCUCUCUUAAACUUCUAUUCCUGCGAAUUUGGUUGUAAGGGUUAAGCUGGUGACUGAAAAGCUGGGAAGGCACACCCAACCAAUGGGAACUCAUACUGGUGAUGUACUGCUUUCCAGCUCUGAUUCAUUGGCUGCCUAGGGUUUGUCAUUCUAUCCCGGCGUCGGCAAGCAGCGUGGGUCGGGUUUUCUGUGGUCGAGCUAGCUAAACUGGAUUUUGGCCGCCUGCACGUGCAGUUACCUUUUGCUCAUCUCUAGCUCUCCGUGAAAGCAGCUGUCACGUUUCUGAUUAUCCUCUAGAUUUUGAAAAACCCUCGGUUCCAUUAGCCCCACUGGAGGUCUUUGGAGGUGCCCGUUGAGCCCGAAUCACGUGACCCCGUAACGUGCACAUAAAUACAAUUCGGAAUCCCUGCAGGGACUCGGGGACAACCCGCGAGAAGCUCUAGCUAGGCACGUGUCCCAAGGCGUGAACGGUUUGCACACGCACGUCUGCGGUAUGGCCGCGGCACUCGUGUGCGCCUCGUGGGGUCGAAGGGGCAGGCUGAGUCCCCUGUGCCGGGCGCUAACCGAGACUGCACCUGGAGACCGGCGUCCGUAGGCAGGUGUAAGAGUCGGGUGCGGACGACGACGACAGCCGGGUUUGGAGAGGCCCUCUGCGCCCUAGCGCGAAGGCCGCGCGCCUGGCUCGCACCCAGGACGUCCACGCUCCCUAGGGAUCGGCCCGCGGCAGCGACCUGAGGAGCAGCGCAGGACCUAGAGGAUCAAGUCAUAAUGGGAGCAUUUUUAGACAAGCCAAAGAUGGAGAAGCAUAAUGCCCAGGGGCAGGGGAAUGGGUUACGAUACGGCCUAAGCAGCAUGCAAGGUUGGCGAGUUGAAAUGGAGGACGCACACACGGCUGUGAUCGGUUUGCCAAGUGGACUUGAGACAUGGUCAUUCUUUGCUGUAUAUGAUGGGCAUGCUGGUUCUCAGGUUGCCAAAUACUGCUGUGAGCACUUGUUAGAUCACAUCACCAAUAACCAGGAUUUCAGAGGAUCUGCAGGAGCACCUUCUGUGGAGAACGUAAAGAAUGGAAUCAGAACAGGGUUUCUGGAGAUUGAUGAACACAUGAGAGUUAUGUCAGAGAAGAAACAUGGUGCAGAUAGAAGCGGGUCAACAGCUGUGGGCGUCUUAAUCUCUCCCCAACAUACUUAUUUCAUUAACUGUGGAGACUCGAGAGGUUUACUUUGUAGGAAUAGAAAAGUUCACUUCUUCACACAAGACCAUAAACCAAGUAACCCGCUGGAAAAAGAACGAAUUCAGAAUGCAGGGGGCUCGGUGAUGAUUCAGCGUGUCAAUGGCUCUCUGGCUGUAUCGAGGGCCCUUGGGGAUUUCGAUUACAAAUGUGUCCAUGGAAAAGGUCCCACAGAGCAGCUUGUCUCCCCAGAGCCCGAAGUCCAUGAUAUUGAAAGGUCUGAAGAAGAUGACCAGUUCAUCAUCCUUGCAUGCGAUGGCAUCUGGGACGUCAUGGGGAACGAAGAGCUCUGUGACUUUGUGAGAUCCAGACUUGAAGUCACUGAUGACCUUGAGAAAGUUUGCAAUGAAGUAGUCGACACCUGCUUGUAUAAGGGAAGUCGAGACAACAUGAGUGUGAUUUUGAUCUGUUUUCCAAGUGCACCCAAAGUCUCGGCAGAGGCGGUGAAGAAGGAGGCGGAGCUGGACAAGUACCUGGAGAGCAGAGUAGAAGAAAUCAUAAAGAAGCAGGUGGAAGGCGUCCCUGACUUAGUCCACGUGAUGCGCACGUUAGCCAGUGAGAACAUCCCCAGCCUCCCACCAGGGGGUGAAUUGGCAAGCAAGCGGAAUGUAAUUGAAGCCGUUUACAAUAGACUGAACCCUUACAAAAAUGACGACACUGAUUCUGCGUCAACCGAUGAUAUGUGGUAAAGCCGCUCACCCAGCCGUGGACUCACCUUCGCCUGCAAAGGGGAAGCCAGCUCAUCCUUGCCGAGCCUUUACCAUCCAUCACCGACUUCACAGGAGGGUCUGACACGGGUGAGGACUGCAGCUUCAGCGAUGGAACAGCUAGCCCAGAAUGGAUUUUCUUUUUUUAUUGUAAAUUUGAGACUUAUGUAAGCGUGAUUUCAAACCGUAAUUCAUGUUGUAAAUCAGACUCCAGCAAUUUUUGUUGUAUGAUUUUGGUUUUUGUAAAGUGUAAUUGUCCUUGUACAAAGUGCUCAUAUUUAAUUAUGAACUGCUUUAAAAUCACUAUCAGUGAAUGAUAAAGGAAAUUUGGCUUGUUGUGUGACACAACAGACAUAGUCAUGCUGUGUCUGGACUCGGUUGGGAUAGGGAAAGCGGCAGCCACAUAGCUGCAUGCUACGUGCACACGAUUAGGAAGAAUUCCAAAAGCUUACACAGCUGUCACCCAGGCUCAUGGAAACUGUCUCUGUUCCGGCGAGGACUGGCUCACUGAUACAGCCAUCGCUCUCACCUGUCUCUAGGAUGUCCUCUCCUCGUAGCCAAGAUAUUGCAGCUGAUCCUGUAUAUUCAUGAGAGUAUCUAUCAAUUUUGGGCUAACAUGCCUUGAUUCUCUUGCACCUCUUUAUGAGUUCUUACAUUUAAUUACUAAUUGGUAAGCAGCAGCUUCCUACACAGUAGGAGACUGCCACAUUUUUUUCCUAUCAUGACUGGCUGGGCCUGCUGCUGUUCCUAGUAAGAUAUUCCGAAUUCCAUUUUAUCAAUAAAGCUUGGUUUAACAAACAAGACAUGUAAUCAUGUAUGCGUGAUUCCUCGGUCACCCCGGCUUCAGACCCCACUCGGGGAGAGAAAGAUGUCAUGUUUCCUUAAACUGGAUGAUGGUGUUAGCAUCCAGGUGCAGGUGGAUCGGAAGAUUGACGUCUGCUGUCUCCUAAUCUGUUUUAAUUGCGUUUCUUCCAGGCUGCUUACUUCUCAUUAAGAUGUGUGUCAGCUUGACUUUACCUACUGUUAAUUAAAGUAAUUGUCAAAGUUUGACAACCCUAACCCUGUGAUAGAUGUGUGUGUGUUGAAUGUGUGUUUGCCUGUAACUUUUAAUUGACCCACGUCUUUAGAAUCUAAGAGGUUAAGAUACAUUUGUGAUUUGAAAUAAAAGCAUGUUGAUAAUAUUUAGCUGUUGGCCUUUAAAAAUACAUUUCACAGCUUGAGGAAUUGUAGAUAUAAAACAUGAUUUAAUUUUAGGCUUAACUCCCUCUGACUAAGCAUGUAAGUUUUCCCGUCUGUCACAUUAUAGAGACUACUGUUCUGUACCUUCUGUGUCUCCGUCUCCUUAGGUGCUGUAUUAUCACCAUGCGAUCCAUUCGGUUAUAGGCAGAUCCCAAUAGGAAACGAUCAAAGUACAUCAGAUACAAAGUCACAACUUUAUGUAUAAAAGUUAGCAUAAGACAUUUUGUUCUAUUUGUUUCUUUUCCCCAAAACUUGGAAAUAAACAUGUUUAUAAUAUACAGCCUUAAAGACAGUGUAAGGUUGAGGACGUAUAGGAAAACACUGUGAAGUGUCGCAGACUCCAGUAGCUACAGCACCAGCUGGCUCCUCAGUAUCCCUCUUACUUGUGAGGUGAAUAAAUGUAACUUAAUUGUAUUUAAUUGAUACUAUAGUCCAGCAUGAAGAAAAUCUGAAGUACUCUUUAUAUUUGGAAAUUCAUAGCAGCCAGAAUACAGAACCAAUCCCAAACUUACAAUAAAUGCUUGAUGUCUAAACCUGUGAUAGAGUUGGGAGUAUGGUAAUAUUCUAAGCUGUGGCUUUGCAGAGCUGUAAACGUGCAUUGUAUGAAACCCUGUGCUUCUGGUACAGACUGGCCGCUUGGCUGACAGCCGAAGCUGAGAUCCUAACAGGCCUUCGUUCUACUGGGAAACCUUCAGUUUUUGAGAUUGAAGCUUUCAUGAUGGAAAGCUGUGUAUCACACUAUAGCAGCUUGGUUAGAGCCUUGAUAUCAGAGAGUCUCAACAACAACAACAAAAAGGAAGUUAGAAUAUUCCUCUGGUGUCAUUGACACCAAAGGUUGGAGUAAGGACCAUGUGACCUGAUGUGACUAGAUCUUUCCACAAGAGUUGGCGUCAUAGAACUACAGGAAGGAGGUGUGCAUCAUAAAAGCAGGUAUGCUGGAAAGAUGCCAUCCUCUUUCCUGAUAAUUACCAUCUCAGGACACAAAUGCCUCAAAUGUUUUGGAAGUUUGGCUUUUUUGGGGGCUUUGCUUUUUUUUUUUUUUUUUGGGAGGGAAAAAGAAGUUCUUGUGUGGUGGUAAUGUAAUAUUCAGAGUAUACUUUAAUGUUAGUGAGAAAUUCAGUUCUGCAUAGCAGGCUUUUGCUAACUUACCUCUUGAAAGUUUUGUGUCUCUGGGCAGUGGUGGCGAACGCCUUUAAUCCCAGCAUCCGCAGGCAGAGGCAGGCGGAUCUGUUGAGUUGGAUGCCAGCCAGGGCUCCAGAGACACUGUUUGAUCUCUUCACUUCAGAGCACUUCUCAGACAUCAUUACUUACUGUGCAUUCACUUGACCCUAGGCCGUUAUGUGGCUGUCCCUGCUGAACUUCUUAGGCCAUGUAGUAGUAGAAGUAGGGGUGGGGCAGCCAGGUGUGGGGGUGUGCCUGUGGUCCUAGCACCCGAGAGGCUGCAGCAGGAGGAUCAUGGGCUUAAGAAUAAACUGGGCCACAAAGUGACACCCUGUUUGGAAGGAUUUUUUUUUAAAAGAAAUUGACAAUGAGUUAUGUUGAUACAAAUUGUUUGAAUUAGCUACUUACAAUGUAAGUUUGAGCAGGUAAACCAGCCAAGCUCAGCUUUCCACAAUGUAAAGUGUUCCCAAAGCACUGUUCUAGGUUAAGUGCGCCCCCGCCCCGGCACUGUAGAGAGAGACUGUAGGUCCUUGUUCUCAGGGAGUCCACCUUUGAGCAGAAUUUAGAAUCUACUGUAUGUAUUGUAAGUGGAGCAUUCGAAUAAAUGAAGAAAACUAUGGUGCCCACCUCCACCUCGCCCAGCACUUUCUUCAGCGAAGUAGGUCACCCAGAAGACUUAGUUUAUCUCUUCAUUUCCCAGAAUGAUUUAGUUGCUUCUCCCCAAAAGUUGAAUACCAUUCAAUAGAAAAUCACACCCAGCAGAAGAGUAAAGUGGACUGCUGAGGUGUCUUAGUGUCUAUUCAGAGGACUCAGUUAUCUGUAAUAAAUGACUCUUCCAACAGCAGCAAGUCACAAGUAAUGGCUGUCCCAGGUUCCUUGGCAUCCAGGAGGGACCUAGCGCAGGGCCUCCUGUAGGCUCACAGUACUUGGGUAAGUGGUCUCCACAGCACAGCAUCGGUGUUCACAGGAAGCUGUUGGACUCUUCAGUGUGCUAGUAUUCACAGUGGGCCAUGCUGCCCUCCUUUCUGAACAAAUUACUGGAGAAUUUAACAAGUAGAUUCCAAAGAUGCUCAUGUUUUGCUUUGACUUUUAAUUUCAGACCUCUAAUUCAGACUUUACUGAUUUUACAAUAUAGAAUUUGGUAUUUGAAGAGUUGUAAAUAUUUUAGCAUAUAAAUGUUUCUCAUGGAGAUUUUUCUUUGGAGGGACCUUCAAGGAUAUUAUAUAUUCUCACUGAUAUAAUAAUGAAAUGACCAUUUUACAUUUACUAGUCUUCUAACUAGUUUUAGGCAUUUGAAUGUCUUUAAUUUUAGAAGCCUGGUUUUACAUUAUAUCCUACAAUAAUGUGCUGUGUGUUUUGGUUUGCAGUUCUUUUAAAUUAUAUAGUAUUUCAGAAUAUGCUUAAAAUAUUUAAGAACCUGUUUUCUAAAUGUAUAGUACUUUAUUGUUGUGUUGAUCAGUCGCUCAGCUAAAUGGUAUUAUUAGAAUGCUCUGCAGUCGAUGAACCUUGGCUCUGCCAUAUUGUCAAAUGAGCAUCUACCAUUUAGGGUCAACUCAACACAUCUCCUCCCUCUUGUCUCUGUAUUCUGUUACUGACAUGUGCUUUCUUCCUAUCCAGUUAACCAGCAGGGUGGAGUAUCAGAAAAACCCAGAUUUUCAGUACUGCACAGCAGACUUUUGCUAACUUACCAUUAAAAAAUCUUAUGUCCCUUAACAGGUGAUUGUUAAAAAAAAAAAAAGAAAAAAAAAAAAAACCAAUAAACUGGGCAUUGGUGGUGAACACCUUUAAACCUAGCUCUUGGGAGGCAGAAGCAAUCUGAUCUCUGAGCUCAAUCAAGGGCAGCCAGGGCAACACAGAAAAAUCCUGUCUCAAUUUCCCACACCACCAAAAGAGAAAAACUCAGAUAGUAUUCAAAUUACAUUUGCUUUUAUGAGAUGAGGAGAUGUAGUUUAAGUUGAAAUAAUAAAUGACCAUUUUCCUUAUCCUUCAUAAAAUAUAUCACCCUGACCUCCACUUCCUCUUCUCUCUUCCCAUUCUUAAAUAGAGAGAGCCCAAUUUCAUUCUGUUGAACAAGAAAGGCCAUGUAUUAACUGAUCAAGACCAAGUCAUACUGUGUUGCAUUGAGCUUAAAGCAAGAAAACUUGGGAUUUGGAGUAAGGGGGCCGGCAAAGAUCACUGAUGGCUUUAAAAUCUGUAGAAUGGUCUUUUUGAACCUGGCUGUCAGAACAUCGCUGGUUUGUUUUCUACUUUGGCGAUAGUCAGCACAAGACUGAGGCAAAUUCAGUCUUAUUUGCCAUUUGCCACUUCUUUGGUCCAAACCCAAUUUCCACUGGCAGCUUUCUCAUUAAACUAAAUGUUUAGGAAGAUUGUUCAUUUUAUAUAGUCCUGACGGAUGAAAGACUCAGUAGUGUUGGUGUCUGUGUGGUCCUAUUUGUAUACAAGAUCGUGUGGCUGUAAAGCAAAGUUGGAUCUUGAUUUUAUACUUCAAACAGCACGGGUUUGUUCUUCAGGGGCUGCUUAAGCUUGCGGGGUUCACACCUUUGAGAUGUGAAUUUGAGGGACUGCACAUAGGAAAAUGCAUACGGAUGUAUAAAACUCACCAAGAAUGUCUUUCUGGCCUGCUCAAGACCCUCUGUUACAAUGUAGGGCUACACAGACAAAACUUCCUUCUCCAACAAAGCUCCAGAUACUCCAAGAGCAUUAAAAAUCUAUCAGAAGGAAUUGUUUGUUUCACUUUGGAAACAGUAGGGAGGCAGGUGGGCACCUGGCUUGAAUCUGGUAUUAAAGUUGGUUUGGUUUGUUUUUUUCUGAGGUCCUGGGUUGUGAAUACCUAUUUGUAAAGGUGGGGAAGCUAGUAACGGAGGUUGACACUAAGGUUUGCCAUUCCUGAAAUUCAACAACGGAAAGUGAAGUAGAAAUGAGCUGUUUGUGGAGUGCUGCUGACCCUCUGUAGUGUUUGUACAGUGUAUUAUACAUUAGCUUUCAGGGCUCACUCAGGUUCUAAGACUCCUUAACUACUAACUUAAUUCAGAUAGUUUAAAACAGGUGUUGUCUAUCAGUGUAGAAGAUUAACUAUUGCUACAGAAGUUUCCAUAAUUCCAUUGAAAAAUAAUUGUUAAAUUUGUUGCCAAAAUUUCAUGCUAGGUUCUGGCUUGAUUUAUGUUUGUGGGAGUAAAAACAGAAUUCAUUGUUUUACCUGACCAGCCCAUUGCUAACUCCAUAGCACAUGCACGGGAAGAUACCGUGGCGCGCCGAUGCUCAGCUGUGAUCACUUCAUUUCUAAGUGUUUUAAGUGGGGAGCAAAGUACAUGUUAAAAGCAUGUUGCAUUAGAUAUAAAUUCAGUUUUUUAAACUCUUACCAAUGUAAGAACUGCAGAAAUAUUUUUCUUAAACCUAAUAUGUAACAGAGUCCUCCACUCUGCAGUUUAUGUGACCCACAGUUUUAAAGCAAUUCCAUAAAUGUAUAUUUUGUAUUAUGUACUGUUUCCUGGUCCAAAGAAAAAUCUGUGAACUCAGUUCUAAUUUUAAGGAUGUACUUUUUGUUUUCUAGUUCUUUGAAAAAUUGCAUUCAGCCUGUGAAUGGUUACAGAUUGUAUGUGAGAUGAAAAGUCGAGCUCUCUGGUUUGCAAAAUCGGUGCCGAAAUAAAGCAGGCAAGUGCA